AUGAUAUUUACUAUUUUAAUUUUAAUUGCUUCACGUAUCAUCCAAGCUAGUUAUGUUCCUCGUGAUGGUUAUGGUGGUGGUGAUGAUUAUGACAAUAAACAUGAAGGUAAAUGUGAUAAAUGUGACAAGAAAGGUGAUGAUGGUAAAGAUGAUGGUUAUAAUUAUGUUGAUUCAUAUGAUGGGAAAUUUUAUUUAGGUGUUAAAGAAUAUUCAAAUGAUAAAUAUUAUGAUAUUAUUUAUCAACUUAAUGAUGGUCAAAUUGAAUAUGGUAAUUAUGAUAAAUAUCCAAUUAAAAGAGAAACUAAUUCUGAUUGUGAUACAACUACAAUUACAACUACUUAUUAUAAUACAACUACUUAUACUACGGUUAUUGUUUCUCAAACUGAUGAGUCUACCAUUACUGAUUCUUCUGAUUUUGUCAUUACUGAAGAACCUACUGAUGAACCAUUUUUUGAAGAACCUUCUGAUGAACCAUUUGAUGGAACUCCUUCUGAUGAUUUUCCAAGUGAAGUUAUAGCUGAAGAACCAUCAACAAGUAUUUUUGAAGAACUUCCAGAAUCAUCAUCGUCAUCAUUAUUAUCUUCAUCAUCAGAAGGAGUUUAUAAACGUAAUGAAUCAACAGAUCAUCACAAACCAUCAACAUAUUAUUGGUUUACUUUACACAAAAAUGUUCUUAAAGAUUCUAAAAAAAGAAUUGGUGAAAUUGUUGCUAAUCAUCAAUUUCAAUUUGAUUAUCCUGUUCAACCUGAUGCUUUAUAUACCAAAGGUUUCUCAAUUGUUACUUACAAAGGAGUUAAAUAUUUGGCAUUAAAUGGUAAUACCAAGUUCUGGAAUUCUGCAGUUAAUGAUAAAGGUGUUUAUAAAAUUUAUGAUAAACCAAUUACUGAUCAAAGUAAACCUAUUAAUUUGGUUAUUUUAGAACCAUCUAAGAAAUAA